GAUUUGUGUGACAGAGAGAGAGAGAGAGAGAGAGAGAGAGAGAGAGAUUAUGAAGCUCUCUGCUUUGCACCAGAGCUACCUCACCCGGCGGAGCAACAGCUUCAGGGGAUCGGCGCCUUUGGACUCCUCAUCUGACGGCAAGUCGCCGGCGACGCUGUCCUGGCUCCUACUCCAUGUCCUCUGCUGCCUCAUCAGCCUCGUCCUCGGCUUCCGCUUCUCUCGCCUCGUCUUCUUCUUCCUCUUCUCCACCUCCGCUUCCAAUCUCUAUCCGGCGCCGUUUCGGUCAGUUGCUGAUCUCACCGUCAGAAAUCUAGAGCUCCCCGUGAACCCGGUCCAGAAUCUCGAGUUUAAUCUCAACAGGAACGCCACCACCGCCAGCUCCAGCAGCAGGGUCGUCGUCGGGCGGCAUGGGAUCCGAAUCCGGCCGUGGCCGCACCCGAACCCGACCGAGACCAUGAAGGCGCACCGCAUAAUUGAGACGGUUCAGAGGGAGCAGAGGAGACAGUUUGGAGUCAGCAACCCCAAAACGGUCAUCGCUGUCACGCCCACCUACGCUCGGACCUUCCAGGCGCUGCAUUUGACUGGCGUUAUGCACUCGCUGAUGCUGGUGCCGUACGACGUCGUCUGGAUCGUCAUCGAGGCCGGCGGGGUCACCAAGGAGACGGCAUCGAUUGUGUCCAAGUCGGGGCUCCGGAUCAUCCACGAGGGGUUUGAUCAACGGAUGCCUAAUACUUGGGAUGGCCGCCACAUGCUGGAGGCUCGGAUGCGGCUUCGUGCUUUGAGAAUUGUGAGAGAGCAGAAGCUGGACGGGAUAGUGAUGUUUGCGGACGAUAGUAAUAUGCACAGUAUGGAGCUUUUCGAUGAGUUGCAGAAUGUGAAAUGGUUUGGUGCUGUUUCGGUGGGAAUACUUGCUCAUUCAGAGAAUACAGAUGAAUCGUCUGAGUCCACAGUUCAGAAAAAGGAAGAAGGGGAGAACCAGUCAAUGCCAAUUCAAGGUCCUGCUUGUAACUCAUCCAAUAAGUUGAUUGGUUGGCACACCUUUAACACCUUGCCCUAUGUGGGAAAGAGCGCAAAUUACAUUGAUGAUCAAGCACCUGUACUACCCAAGAAGCUGGAGUGGGCUGGGUUUGUAUUGAAUUCACGGUUGCUUUGGAGUGAAGCUGAAGAUAAACCAGAGUGGGUUAAUGAUCUAGAUAGUAUUGGUGGGGCUGAUGAGCUGAUAGUAAGCCCUCUAUUCUUGUUGAAGGACUUGUCUUUGGUUGAGCCACUUGGAAAUUGUGGGCGCCAAGUUUUGCUCUGGUGGCUCCGUGUUGAAGCUCGUUUCGAUAGUAAAUUUCCUCCCAAAUGGACUAUCAACCCACCUUUGGAAAUCACUGUACGAUCAAAACGUACACCAUGGCCUGAUGCUCCACCUGAACUCCCAUCUAAUGGAAAAACAGAAACUGCAGUUGAAGAGCACACAGUGAAGCGUCCUAUAAAAAUCCAUGCACCCAGAACGAAGAGAAGUUCUUGAAGCAAGAGGAAGCACGAGACAAAAACGAUUGACAUGCAGGCUUCUGCAAGGAAUACUGAACAGGACUGAAACACUUGCCAUCAACGCUUAAAAUAUAUACUGCUGUGUGAAUUUGAGGCUUCAGUCUUCAGCAUUGGGAAAAUUUAUAUGAAGAUGCAUCGAAAACUUAGUUGAAGAGGCCGAGAAGCAUAUGCUGUCAGCAGGUACGUACAGUGAGGUACCUUUAUUACGGGGGCUAGUUGAUUGUGCAUUCGAGUUUGAUUCUUACCUUAGUUUCACAAAUUUUUUCUUUUUUUAUUUUUAUUUUUAUUUUUUGGGAUGUGGGUGCUUGAUUUUCUAGCCUCAUGCAAAAUGUAGGUCGUCGUCGCGACCAAUUGAGUCUGCUGCAUCUUGUGCCUUGCAGGAAGUUGUAUUUUAUAUGCUCCAAAAUGUUACAUAUUCUUCUAAAUAGAAAUCAUAGAGUUGUGUUCA